UGGAUUGAAAUCUUAGUUGUAUAUCGAAAUAUUCUAAUGCUUGCUUACACGUGCAUUUCCUCCAUGUUUUCCUGUUCUACAGACAACCUUCAUUAAAUCAAAUCACAUAAAAAACUUGAAUAAACUAUUCAUGGAAUCUGACAAAAGGGAAAUUUCCAUCAAACCACACGAUUAUAUAUGAUAUGCUCUCAAUCUAAACCCCUUAUAUAAGACCCAAAGCCAGAAUAUUGAUUCCCAUAGCUUCACAACACAGACAUUUCCAAACACCACCAACCAAUCCUCAAAAUGGCUCACCUGCUUCUCCUUUGCUUAAUCUUCUCAAAUGCUUAUCUGGGUAUAGCUCAAACUCAACAAAAAAUUCAGACCAUAGUUUGGUCUAGCUCAAAACCAUUAUCAAACAACUCACCAGCCCCAAGUCCAUACAAAGAUAAAACAGAUACAAUAAGAAAGCUAGGAAAACACCAACCUGAGGUGACCAUGUCCUCCAGUGAACCAACACCAAGCCCAAGUAAAGUAAAAGAUGCUGCUGAGCCCUCAAAAGAAACUGGUCAUCAUGACAAAGCCCCAUUGGGGCAAUUCGUCGAACACCAUGAGGGCAUCCAAGUUGAAAAUGUCCACCUGAGCCAACAUCACCAUUCAAUCAAUAAGUCAGUAGCUGGUGGGGGUGUGAUCCUUGGUGGGCUUGCCACCACCUUCUUGGUGGCGGUGUUUUGCUACAUUAGAGCUACAGGAAGACAUAAAAACGACACCGUUUCAUCGGUUCCUGGCUCUCCUCCUGCUGCUGCUGCUGCUAGUGCAACUCCACCUGUAUAAAACCAAACGACAGUCUUAUUAGCUCUUCUUUUUCUUUAUCUUUUUCUUUUUCUUUUUCUUUUAUCUUUUUAUAGAAUACUGUAAAGAAAUUGAAUAAGUUUAAUGUCAAUUUCAAAAUUCAUUCAACAAAUUAAAAUGAUGGGGAAAAAAUAUGAAAGAAUAAUAGUUUCACAUAGUGUAUCUAAUUCUACAUAUGAAGGCUAAAACUUUCUUGGAAGAAAAAGAAAACAAGAAAAGGGACUUUUAUUGUACAUUUUUACACC